AUGACUGCUGCGAACCUGUUUGCUAACAAGGACGACAAUCACUUUAGGGAAGCCCUUCGUUUAUAUGAAGCCAAGCAAUACAAGAAAACUGUCAAGACCCUUGAUGGCAUCCUUAAACGGAAUCCUCAGCACUAUGAAUCCUUCUCUUUGAAGGGUCUGGCCUUAUAUUACUCCAAUCUACCUGAGAAAGGCCAAGCUCUCGAGUAUAUCAACAAAGGUAUUUCCAAAGGUUCGACCGAUCCGGUAGUUUGCCAUAUUACUGGUUUGUAUUAUCGAGCUGUUAAGAAUUACAAGGAAGCUGCCAAGUGGUAUGAUGCUGCCAUGAAGAACAACUCUUCUAACAAAGGUAUUUUGCGCGAUUUGAGUUCUUGUCUCACGCAGAUUCGUGAUUACAAGCACUUAGUCACACCUCGUCUGGGUUACUUAGAAGAUCAGCCCGCUUACAGGGCCAAUUGGACUGCUGCUGCUGUGGCUCACUAUUUGAAUGGUCAGUAUAAGAAUGCAGAAAAUGUUCUUACUAAGAUUGAGGAAUUGAUCUCCGACCAUCUAGCGGAUGCUGAUAUGUUUGAGCAUUCUGAGUGUCUUCUCUUCAAGAACAGAAUCAUAUAUGCUUCUGGUGAUGUUGAAAGGGCCUAUGAUCAUCUUUUGGUUCUCGAAAAAGAAGGUCAGGUUGGUGACGGCUUGAAAUUACAGGAAUACAAGGCACAGUAUUUGGAGGAACUUGGAAAGCCGGAGCAAGCUUCGUUUGUCUACAGAAAAUUGCUUCAGCGUAACUCUGAUAAUGUCAGCUAUUAUUAUUCGUUGGAGAGAUGUCUUGGUACAGACAAGAUGUCCGUUUCUGUUCGUCUUGCAUUGUACGAGAAGUUAUCUAAGUUUUAUCCACGUGCAGAUCCUCCUCAAUUUAUUCCUUUAUUGUUCUUGAAGGGAGAGAUGUUCGCUAAAAAAGCCGAGCAGUACAUAUUAGGUCAACUUAGAAGAGGUGUUCCGGCAACAUUUGUUAACGUUAAGCCCUUGUACAAGAGAAAAUCCAAUCAAGAAGUUCUUUACAAGAUUGUCAGGAAGUUCUAUGAUGGAGAAUCCAAGGAAAAUCCGCUAACUCGCUGUUGGACCGGUUACUAUUUGGCUCAACACUACUACAGGUUGAGGGAGUAUUCAAAGGCAUUAGAGAUGAUAGAGGAGGUUAUUUGCACCACGCCUACAUUGGUUGAACUUUAUAUUGUGAAAGCACGGAUUUUCAAGCGACUCAACAAGCUUGAAUUGGCUGCUGAUACUAUGGAUAAAGCCCGUAGACUCGAUUUGCAGGAUAGAUUUGUCAACUGUAAAGCCACCAAGUAUUUCUUACGUGCCGACAAGGUCAGCAAGGCUGUCGAUACUGUGUCCCUCUUCACUAGGAAUGAAGGGACUCCUAACGGUGUUCAGGACUUGCACAUGAUGCAGUGUGUUUGGUUCCUAACAGAGAGUGCCGAGGCAUACUUCCGUCUAUACAAGUUGGACUUGAAGGAAUGGCAAGAAAAGUAUUACAAAGAAGGAUCUGAAGAGAAUCCUGACCAUAUCUAUCUUCUUGCUCGUGAAAACUUUAGGAAGAAAUUAAUUCGUACUUUGGGACUUGCCAUUAAGAGAUACCGGGCCGUUAUUAAAGUCUUUGAAGAGUAUGAAGAUGAUCAGUUUGACUUCCAUCACUACAGUAUGCGUAAAGGUACUCCCCGUACGUAUCUAAAUAUGUUACAUUGGGAAGACGAACUCUAUCACCAACCGUUAUUCCUUAGAAGUGCUGUUGGUAUCACCAAGUUGUACAUGGAGGUAUUGGGACAUAAGGAUUUGUACCAGAAACUUCUUUGCGCCCCGGAUCAUAAUCUUAACAAAACUAAAAAGGAGAAAAAGGACGAGGUCAAGAAACAUGAAGAGUUAGUUGAGUAUUCUAGGGGAUAUGCGAAAGACCAAGAUGUAUUUGGCGAAUCGACACUCAAAGCGUAUGCCGGUAUUCCAGAGAAGACCAAAAACGGGACUGUUGUUGAUGUGAUUGAUACUACGGCAGAGUUGAUGAAACUUGCAUCCAGAGUGGACAAAGAGACCUCUGUUGAUGGACUCUAUGUUGUGUUCCGGGUGAAUCAAUACCUCAGAAAGUAUGUUCUUGGCUUGCAAGCCUUGAAUAGAAUCUAUUCGUUUGACCGGAAUAAUCACAACGUCGGUUACAUGUAUCUUCAGCUACUUAAGGAUAUGAAGGGUGAUGAUACACAGGAUGCCAUCAAAAGGAUCCUGCAGAUUGGUCUCAAGAAGAACUUUGCGGACCUUUUAGAGAUGGAUGAAGAUGAAUCCUUGGCACGUAAGUUGGUGGAAAAUUAUUUCCAGAAGGAUAAUUUGAAUACAGCCAUCAGUGUUGUUGAGGCACAACGAGUUGAGGCUUCGAAAGUGUUCGAAGCUAGAUUGAUGGAUCUUAAGGAGCAAUUAGAUCCCUAUUCGUGUGGUUUGCUUGAAUAUGAGCAAAUCAAUUAG